AUGACAGGAGACCCAGGAGGCCAUAACAGAGGAAGCUCAGGGGAGGCCCAGGUCAAAGCCCAGUCUUCCCUGAACCUCAUUUCCAUCAUCUCCUCAGACACGGAGCCUCUGGUGCGUUCAUGGUGGAACAGAGCAGACACUGCAGACCUGUCAGACCCUCAGUCCCUGAAACAUCUGGCAGAAGGUUGUUUGGAGAUGAUCGCCACUGUCUCAGAGCAGAUUCUCAACACUAACUACAUAUGUGUUAGCCGGGAGUGA